CCCCUGAGCCCAGGUUCUUCUCUGUUGCAGGUGCUGUCUUCCCCCCGGCCAUGCGCGCCCCUCUGGCUGUGGCAGGAGCACCGGGGCGACCGGGGGCUGAGCGUGGGCCCCCGGCCAUGGAGAGCAGCUAGGCGGGCCGCCCGGUGACCGCGCCCCACGAUGGAGCCGGAGCCUCGCGGGGGCCCCAGCCCCCCCAGGCCGGGCGGGGGCCCCGAGACGGACCCGGCGGGGGACAGGCCGUCCAGCCACAGCUGCUGCAUCUGCGGGAAGAGCUUCGCCUUCCAGAGCUCCUUGUCGCAGCACAUGCGCAAGCACACGGGCGAGAAGCCCUACCAGUGUCCGCACUGCGACCACCGCGCGUCCCAGAAAGGUAACCUCAAGAUCCACAUGCGCGCCCACCGCUCUGGCCAGCUGCUGCCCGGCCCGGGCCCCGAGGCCGAGCCUGAGGGCCUGCACGGCUCCAGCGAGCCUCCCAACCCCGCGGGCCCCGGCGAGCUGCAGCUCUGCAGCCUGUGCGGGGCGGCCUUCGCGCACCGGCCCGAGCUGGAGCUGCACCUGCGACAGGUGCACAAGCCGCUCAGGUGUCGCCUGUGCCGCUUCGCCACCCAGCGCCACGAGGCCCUGCUCAGCCACGUGGAGCGCGCGCACCUGGGCGCCCCCGGCCCCGGGUCCGAGCCGCCCCCCGGCCCCGGCGGGGGCGGCGACUUCCCGUGCGAGGUGUGCGGCCAGGUCUUCAGCCAGACGUGGUUCCUCAAGGCGCACAUGAAGAAGCACCGCGGCUCCUUCGACCACGGCUGCCACAUCUGCGGGCGGCGUUUCCGGGAGCCCUGGUUCCUCAAGAACCACAUGAAGGCGCACGGGCCGCGGCCGGCCGGCAGGAACCGAACCCGCAGCGAGCCGGGCCCCGUGGCCACCAUCAACGACGUGGUGCAGGAGGAGGCCGUGGUGGCCGGCCUGGCCCUCUACGAGGUCUGCGGCCAGUGCGGCAACCUCUUCGCCACGCUGGACAGCCUGAACGCCCACCACGCCAUCCACCGGGGCGCCCGGCCGCGGGGCACUCAGGGGGCACCCCCGGAGGAGGAGGCCCAGCGCCGCUUCCUGCAGCUGCUGCAGCUGCGCCCCGCGGGGCUGCCCCCGGCCCCCGGCCCCCACGGCCGCAGGGUGGCCGAGCUGGACCCGGUCAGCAGCUACCAGGCCUGGCAGCUGGCCACGCGCGGGAGGGUGGCGGAGCCCGCCGAGGGCCUCCGGCCGGGAGCGGGGGACGAGGCGCAGGCGGCAGACGGGGGCCCGGACCGCGAGGACUCGCAGGCCGCGCAGGACCGGCGCAAGCGGGAGGCCGAGCCGGGCGCGCAGGGGCCGGCGCGCAAGCGGGCGGGGGCCAACGGGGAGCCCUGGGCUGGGGUCCCGGCGGACGCCCGGCCGCCCCCGCGCCCUGGCCGCCGCGCCCCCGCCGCCCCCGCCGGCCACGGCAAGUCGUCCGAGUGCUUCGAGUGCGGCAAGAUCUUCCGCACCUACCACCAGAUGGUCCUGCACUCCCGCGUGCACCGCCGCGCGCGCCGCCACCUGCAGCGCCCGCGGGACCCCGCGCACCCAGGCGGCUCGCACUCCGGCUCGCUCAGCGACGGGGACUCGCAGCCCAGCAGCCCCGGCUCGGCCUGCAACGCCGCCGACUCCCCGGGCUCGGGCCUGGCCGACGAGGCCGCCGACGACAGUGCCGACGAGGGCGCGGAGCAGCACCCGGCCACGUCUGCACCAGGGGGAUGCCCACUCCGCUGCCUGGCUCCAGACCAGGGUCCGGCCCAGCUGUCCAACGGGACCCACAGCCGCCCCCGGGGACCCAGCCCGCCCGAGAAGCCUCCCCCGGAGCCCAGGCCCCCGCUCGCCGCCUCUACUCUCACCGGCUACGCCCCCGGUGACCCCAGGAGGUCCGGGGACCCCCAGCCGCCCGCCUCACACCCCAGACUGGAGACACCCAGCUAUCCGGGGGCCCCAGAAGGACCGACUUUUCUGGAAGGUGCAUCCCCGCCUCAGCAUCCCACAGAGAGCCCGGCCCAGGCUCCAGGAGGGAAGCCGCCGGAUUCACAACCAGAGCCCUCGGUCAGUGGACGGCGGGCACCGGCCCCGGAGCCGGCCCCGCUGGACCUCAGUGAGCGGUCGAGCCCAGAGCCCCGGGGCCGUGGGGAGCCAGCGUCCACUCCGCAGGCCGGGCCGGCCGUGCACCGCUGCCCCUACUGUCCGCACCAGACGCUGUACCCCGAGGUUCUGUGGAUUCACCAGUGCGUGGGGCACAGGGUCAGCGGGCACGGCCGCGCCCCUCCCUGGACGCCGCCCCUGGGCCCCCGGGCGCUGCGCUCCCAGCCCGUCGUCCUGGCUCGCAGUGGCCGCACCGGCCCCCCGCCCGCGCUGGGCGGUAAGGACUGCCCGCCGCUGCCCCUUGCCCGCUUCUGCCGCACACAGCUGCCCGCCGGGGCCCCGGGGCCCAAGGCAGGCAUGUCCAGCAAGGCCUCGGGGCAGCCCAAGGCCCGGGAGGCGCCUGCUGGGGGGCCCUGGACGGCCGGCCCCGAGCCCCCCAAGGCUAAGGCCGAGGCCAGGCCCGUGAGCGGCACCCCCACUCCCCCCCUUGUUGCCCGCCUGGGCGCCCAGCCCCCGGCGCCUCCUGAGAAGUCUGCUGGGCCCCCCACCUCCGGGGCAGGCGGCCCCGGGCCCCCCAACAAGCACAGUGCCCCGGACGCCCCCAAAGCCAAAGGCAGCCCCCAGCCUCAGGGCCCGCCGCUCGCGAAAGGGCCCCCCCCUCUACCUCCCCUUGAGCCUCCCUGCAAGGCGGGCCAGGAGCCGCGGUCCCCCGGGACCCCCAGGGCCAAGCUGGGCCCCCCUCCGGUGCUACACAGCCUGACCCCUGAGCCCGCAGAUGAGGGGCCCGAGAAACGGCUGGACAUCCUCAGCAUCUUCAAGACCUACAUUCCCAAGGACCUGGCGUCCCUCUACCAGAGCUGGGGACCCAGCGGGCCCGCCCUGGAACACACAGGGGAGAGACCAUUCUGAGCAGGUGGCACCCAGCCCGUGCCGCUUGUGAAGGGAGCCAGAGCCUUGCGCCCGGACGCCCGGAGCCCUGCGACCCUGCCGUCUCCUCACGGAUGUCCCUGCCUGCUCGCUGGCCGGCCACCCGAGGAAGGACCCCGGAGCCUGGCGGGCUCACUCCCUGCCUCCUGGAGCAGACGCCUGCUGGCGUCUGGCCCGGUGCCCCCACCCCGUGCCCGCUGUGUGCAAAGUGGGUUCAGACACUGGACAAGCUCCUCGUCCGGGGAGGUGCCGGGCCCCGGCCCCACCAUGAGCAAAGUCACAUGGCAGAGGACCCGACCAUGACACCCUAUAAGCCCCUGGCUCCUUGGGUGUCUCAGAGUGUGGGUGGGUGGGGGCGGGUGCUUGAGGCCCAGGGGUGGGGCGGGGGCCAGGGACCAGAGCCGGAGAGUCUGUGUUUUGAGGGUGCUCCAUUCUGGGGUCUCCCUAGGCCCCCCCCCCCGCAUCCUCUCUCCCACCUCUGUAAAGGGGCUGUGGGAGCGGGGCCCAGCCCCCCGGUGGCUGAACACUAAGCAGUUUCCUUGCGGAUUCUCAGGACCUUUCUGUACCGGCUGCACCCCGGGCCCAUCUUGACACCCAUCUAGCCAUGGCCCCUCGCCGCGCGGACCCGGGUUAGAGAGCAGAAAGCACUCCGGAGCAGGCGUGAGGGGCCCAGGCCAGCCGGGCACUGGGCACUGGUGCUCGGGGUUCCUGCUCCCGUGUUCCCCACCCCCAGAAAGGAGGUGCUUCUUUCUCUUCCGGGGCCUGGUGUUCCCGAGGUGGGGGAUGCCUUGGGUCCUGGGCUCCCCAGGGCUGUGAGUGGGUGCCUGAUAUACCUCUUUGGCGACGGGGAGAGGCCGGGACAAGAGCCCUUACCCUGCGCAGUGUCCUCAGAGAAGGCUCUCGUGCCCCCACCCCAGCCCCCACCUACGGGAGCCGCGUCCUUCCUCCCCGUCUCUGCCACCCACCGGGACACUGUGCGAGGAUCUCUCAGAGCGUUCCAGAUGUUUGCACGUGAUUCAUGCGUUGUCCACCGUGAACUGCUGCGAGAAUGGAAAACAUUCUGUGGAAGUUUCUGCUUUUAAAAGCUUUACUAGGCUUCCUUCCUUCCUUCUUUCCUUCCUUCCUUCCUUCUUCCUUCCUUCCUUCUUCCUUCCUUUCUUUCUUUCUUUUCUUUUGUCUCCAGGGUCAUCCCUGGGACUCAGUGCUGGCACAGCAGCCAUUUUUUCCAUUUUAUUGGACAGGACAGAGAGAAGUUGAGCGAGGAGGGGGAGACAGAGAGGGAGAGAGAAAGAGAGAGACACCUGCAGCCCUGCUUCACUGCUUCUGAAGCUUUCCGCCUGCAGGUGGGGAGCCGGGGGCUCGAACAAGGAUCCUGGUGUGGGUCCUUGUGCUUCGUACUGUGUGUGCUUAACCCGCUGCGCCACCGCCCAGCCCCUCUUGUUUUAUUAUUUUUUUGGGGGAGGGUGACACUUUCAUAAAGGUGGGCAAGGGAUAGAGAGGGGCAUGCUGCGUAUUUUUUCUGAGAGGGAGAGAGAGAAAGCAAUAAUCUUACACAGACAGACAACGUCCUAACCUUUUGUCCUUGUGAGAGCACAGUUUACGUGAGACCCCGAUGGCUUCGUGCCAUUUACUACACCAGGGGCUUCUGAUAUCAAGGCGGGUGUGGGAGUACACACAGACACGCACACACGCACACACGCACACGCACACACACCCCAGUGUGCUUCUCCUGUGGCCGUGAUAGGCUGCAUGGUCCCCGUUGCUGUUGUAACUUUUAGUUCAUGUCUAUUCUGGCUUCCUGUGACUGGGCUGAAUUACUCGAGGGGUCCAGGCACUUUGUAGCACUUGCAGUUGGUGACUCCGUAGGCUCCCGUGUCACGCGUGUGCUGUGAGAACGCAUACGUGAGCGGGGAUGUUGGUGCCACCUCUCACGCACGUUUCCUGAGACCCUGAAGCCAGACGUGCUCUGUUUGGGGCCUGUGGCCGGGACUCUGCUUUACUGUCCUGAAGGACAAAGUCACCUGAGCCACAUUGCCUGUGCACGGGCUUGCAGAGGCACCUGUCCACCAACGUCCGGCCCACCCUCUUGUGAGCUUGGUGGACCCUGCUCCCCGGGCCCCUGGGAACACCACCCCCCAGCCCUGCGGCUCCCCGGCCUGACAGGAUGCGGUAUUGUCCGGCUUCCUUUGUGGCUCCACACCGCUUUGACCCUAGUAUUUAACGAGAUGAGUGUUCUCUUAUUUAUUUAGCUGAUACGUCCCCCCUGCCCCUGCCCCUGUCAGAUGGUUUCCCUCAGCUUUGGGGGGGUCACUUGUGCAUGACCCCCCCCCCCCACUGUCAGACUCUACUUACUACCUCUGCCACCUGCCGUCUGCUGACUGGGAAGGGCCUGUCCACACAGGCACCACCACUUCUGUCUGCCCUGCCCUGCCCCAGCCCCCCAGCCUGCGUCCCCGAGGUCCUGAGGGUCCUCAGGCUCCUUCAGGUUCUGCACUCCUACUCCUCAACUCAGCACUGCACUCUGCCCACCCCUGGGGCGGGUGCCUGCUGGCCGUCUGUCUGUCCUCUGCUGGCGGCCAGUCCCAGGGAGGCCAGACUGUGUCUCAGGUGAAGGAGGCUGGGGGGGUGGGGCACAGGUGCCCAGCUCGGUGCCUUUUAUCUUUGGGGUCUAGGAACGUAGCCAAUGCUUUAAGCCCCCUGCGCCCUGCUGCUUUGUCCCCGGAGCCUUGUACGGAUGAUGCUUAUUUUUUUAAACCAAGAAUGGCUGUGGUUUACAGAUGGGUGCAGGGAUGGGUCCCGGGGUGGCCAGAGCCAGUGUCCCCGUAGGGUGCAGUGGCCUGGGGGAACCGCGGCAGGGGACUGGCUUUGUCUUUCUAGAACCUUCCUUGGGCCUCUGCCCACUGCCUGUGGGCGGCGGCCUGUCUCUGGUCACAGAGUAGCUAUGCUACGGGAACUCCUGCCACUUCUCCGACAUUCCUGACAAGUGGCUGUUCCCCGCCCUGGAGGGUCAGCCCUGAUGGUCAGCCCUGGAUGGACUCAGGAGGGCCGCACGGGCCCUUUCUCACUCACUGCUUCCCUGCAUGGCGAGAGCGGGCCUGGGUUCCACUGCAUUGGCCCCGUGAGCGGGCGUCUCCCGGGUGGGGGCCGAGUGCAGGUCCAUUCCUUACCGACUCCUUUGCUGACUAUGCUUUGAGGCCGUAAAAUGCAAAAGACCAUAGAAUUUGUAUUUCUUUUUUUUUUUUUUUUAAAAAUACAAUUUAUAACAUUAUAUUUUGUACUCUUUAUAUUAGAAUUUGUAACUAGAUCAAUGUAUUUAACUCUAUUUCUGGAAAAAAUAAUGUUUCAGUGGUGUGAAGAUAUUUAGAUAAAGCAUAUUCAUUCUGUUGGAAUUGGAAAUAAAAGGCAUCUUGGAAUUUCUCGA